CAGUUCCCACCUGGAGCCAUAGGUGCAGCGGCUGGUGUCUUCACUUAUGCCUUCAUAUGCUUCGCAUUGAGUGCUGCCCUCCUGUGGGCAGCAAUAGCUCACCGGGAAUGGAAGAGUUACGUGGCCCUCGUGGCUUUCUUCACCUCGCUCAGCGCGCUGGUCAGCAUGAGCCAGCAGCUUCAUACCUACCUCCGAUGGGCAAGCAUCAAGGCCGCCCAGUCCGAAUACGUGAAGGCCAACCUUGGCAACCCUGAGCUGUCCGUCGCCGGGCCUUCGGUCGGAGUCGAUCUCACACUAUUUUAUAUCCAAUACUACUGCUAUAAUGUCGAGGCCCUUCUUGUGCUCGUGUGGAGUUACCAAUUAGCACACUCAGUGUUCCAAAUGAAAGCAUCUCCGUCGGCCAGUCGCCAUGGGCCCAACAUUGCCAAACUCACAGCCAUCCUGCUCCCAAUCCCACAAGUCGCCUUGAUGCGGACCAGCGCACUGCAACAUACAACCAUCGGCUUCUAUUUUGUGGCCAACGUCCUCAUGUGUACCUCUCUGGCGGUCGGCUCGAUCCUCCUCAUUGCAAUACUUGUCAGAUACAUUACCACACGGACGGAAGCAUCUUGGCAGGUAAACUAUGCGAUACGAUCGUCUGUCGACUCAGAGGCCCAGGACGACAAUAGUCUUGCAACUUUCAAUACUGCCAGUGGUGGGCCGCCACUCAGCCAGCGGAGCAUCUACGACAACUGGCUAGUGGUGCGUUUUGCCCUCGCCUUCGCAGGUCUAGCUGCCUACGAGCUUGUGGUCAUCCUAGCUGAGGUUUCCUUCGCGGUCGGAACGGAUGAAAUCGCCUCGGACGAGAAUGUUGACCUAACAGUCAGCGACGCUAUCACGGAUUGCAAAUCAUUCCUCCCAGGAGUAACGGCCAGUAUUCUCGCCUUUCUCGUCUUCGGCACGACCAAGACGUUCAGCGAGUUCUUCUACCGCAAGCUGGUCCCGCGAACCAUCCGCCGCAAGCUUCACCGGCGCUCCAGGGACAUGCCCCCUACCGCGAGCCCA